CAUGGGACACCUGUGCCACCAUCAGCCCGCCGCGGCCACCCCCGAGCGCAGCCUGAGGAAGGGAGGAGACGGCGCGGCGCUGCCCGGGUCCCCGCUACUCCUCCUCUUCGUCCUCCUCGCUUCCUCCAUUUCUGCUUGCAAAGGUGCACCAAUGCCAUCCCAAGCACUCGAAUCAGAUGAGGAUUUGCAGCUGUUGAAGGAGAUAGACAAUGCAUGUUCUGCUUACCUGUCCACGGAUUCUCAGCCUCAGGUAUCCAGUACACUGGAAGAACUUUGUUUUUUGAUCACGGGAUUUCUUCAGAAACCACAGGAUUUAGAUGAGAAAGACAACACCAAAAGGUUCUUAUUUCAUUAUUCUAAGACUCAUGACUCGGGUAACUCAGACAUCAUGUCAUCUGUCCUGCAUCCUUUACUGCAACUCGUUCCUCAGCUUAAUGAGAGAAGACUGAAGAGAUACAAACUGGACGAAGAACUUCAAGGACCUGGAGUGAUUCAAAGCAGAGGCUACUUCUUCUACAGGCCACGCAAUGGAAGGAGAUCAGUGGGUUUUCGCUAAGGAGGAUUAUAGAUUCCUGACUUAGAACUAAAACUGCAGGAAUGCUGAGAACAUGGACAUACUGAUUUCCUUACAAUAAUUAUUCGUCAUUAAUGUACAAUUAGAAA